AUGGAAAAGUUGGACCCGAAGGAGGAAGCAGCACUGCGGGCUGAGGCCGAACGUCUACGACGGAUGGCGGUCAUCGGUAAGAACUGUGUCAGCGGAAUGCGUGCAAAAAAAAGUGCAAGUCAUUCAGGUGUCGCACUUUCCAUCGGCGCCGCUAUCGUUUGUGUGAUGACUGUUCCUUUCGUUUACAACUAUGUUCAACGGGUCGAGACGGUUCUUCAAAACGAGGCCGAUUUCUGCAGGGUUCGUUUUCUUUUAAUGAAAAACUGUUUUGUUGCAAAAAGAGUGUGUCAAGAUGAUUGAAUUAGAAUUAGCCCUUCACACUUCACACUAUUACGGAAUUUGUCUGUUGUUCGCCUUUUUCCAUCUCCUCAAUUUGAUCCGAUCGCAUCAUCAUUCGCGCAACCGUUAUCACUUCCUGUCACAACGAUCCGCUAGGCUUAUGAGAAGCAUGCCAUUCUCUCAUUCCCUCGUAAUCGUUUCUCGCAAUGGAAACGAGGAGGACAAUGAUAAUCCGAACACUCCGCCUCGUCAUUUAUCACCUCCCAUUCGCCCCGUCUCCCACAUACACACUAUACGCGAAAAAGGCGUAGAACUGGUUCCUCUAACACGGCGGGUGGUUUAUCAAAGGUGUCCCUUUAGUGGUCACUCCUUCUUCACCGACCGAUGAAAUAUUGAAUGGACGAUUUUUUGGGCAUUUCAGGCAAAACGAGAUUCAGUUGUCAAAGAGUUGACAAGAACACAGAAACGGGCUGGCGUGGCAAACAGAAUCAAGAGAGAAGAAACGUACAGUGGGUACUCGGCAAGUUAUGGAACCUACGAAUCAGUGCCCGUCAUGCAUUAUAAGAGUCCCGAAGUUACCGAACACAAGGAAGAGAGAGUGAUCGAGAAAAAAGACGAGGGCUACCAACAAUGUACGUUUUCUUCUCUUUGAUUAAUUUCUCUGGUCCAAUUCUAGGUUGUGGUUGCGGAUUUGGAGCACCAGGAGAACCAGGAGGACCAGGACAAGACGGUCAUGAUGGAGUGGAUGGGCGACCAGGACCAGACGGGAACCAUGGACAGGAUAUGCACCUCGAUGACACCUACAACAUGGCUGAUCAGUUUUGUUUCGAGUGCCCACCAGCUCCACCCGGACCUCCAGGACCACCUGGAUUCAAGGGAAUGCCCGGAAUUCCAGGAAACAAAGGACAAGAUGCGGGACCGGGACAGCAGGGAAUGCCGGGAGUUACUGGACCACCAGGACCAAGAGUAUAUCUCUACAGACCCCCGAGAAACAUACUCAAACUUUUCAGGGACCACCGGGAGAAACUGGAGACGAGGGAGAGGGCGGUCCAGAUGGAAUACCAAUAGAGAAGAAAUCACCGCCAGGACCAAGAGGACCUCCAGGACCAGCCGGGCCAGAAGGACCACAAGGACCAGAGGGACGACCCGGAAAGCAAGGACCACAGGGACCGACUGGACAAGAAGGAGAAGAAGGAACCAUCGGGGUGCCCGGAAAACCAGGAAAUCCUGGAAAGAAUGGGGCGACGGGUGCCCGUGGACCUGCCGGGCCUUGCAACCACUGCCCGAACCCAAGAACUGCACCUGGAUACUAA